AUGGCGUUUUCAAAGCUUUUAGUUUUCUUCCUCACGUUCAUCGUUUUUUCUGCGUUCCAAGAAUCGGCUUUUGCAACAAAACAAUCGUAUAUAGUGUACCUCGGAUCCCAUGCACACGCUCCAGACGUUUCUGAAGCUGAACUAGAUCGGGUGACUGAUUCUCAUAUUGAAUUCCUCGGAUCAUUCUUGGGAAGUCAUGAGAAGGCCAAGGAUGCAAUUUUCUACUCGUACAGAAGGCAUAUCAACGGUUUUGCUGCUAACCUCGAAGAGGAAGAGGCAGCUGAAAUAAUGAAGCACCCAAAAGUCGUGUCGAUUUUCUUAAACCAAGGACGAAAAUUACACACAACUCAUUCAUGGGAAUUCAUGUCGAUGGAUCAAGGGGGUGUGGUUCACUCAAGCUCCUUGUGGGAAAAGGCCAGAUUUGGUGAAGACACAAUCAUCGGAAAUCUUGACACUGGUGUUUGGCCUACAUUACAGAGCUUCAGCGACGAAGGUUAUCGACCCAUCCCAUCAAAGUGGAAAGGAGAUUGUAGAAAUAGUCAUGGAGUCCAUUGCAAUAGGAAGCUAAUUGGGGCGCAAUACUACAUCAAAGGCUUCGUCGCCUAUAAUGGGGCAGUCAACUCUAGUACUUUCGAAACUGUAGUUGAUGUUGAAGGACAUGGUUCUCACACGCUAUCAACAGCAGGAGGGAAUUUCGUCCCUGAUGCAAGCAUAUUUGGUGUGGGCAAUGGAACUGCCAAAGGUGGUUCCCCUCGAGCCCGAGUGGCUGCCUACAAGGUCUGCUGGCCAGGAGACUCAACCGGUGGAUGCUUUGAUGCUGAUAUUAUGGCAGCCUUCGAUAGGGCCAUUCAUGAUGGGGUUGACGUCCUUUCUUUGUCACUCGGUGGCCCUCCUUCUUCGUACUUCCAGGAUGGCCUUUCAAUCGGCGCAUUCCAUGCUGUUAAGAAAGGUAUUGUCGUGGUUUGCUCGGCUGGAAAUAGUGGGCCAUCUCCUGGAACUGUCUCAAAUGUUGCACCUUGGUUGAUAACUGUUGGAGCAAGCACCUUGGAUCGACAGUUUCAAGCUUUUGUUGAACUCCAAAAUGGGCUCCGACUCAAGGGUACAAGCCUGUCUAGACCUUUGCCAGAAGAUCGAUUCUACCUACUUAUAGCCGGUGCACAGGCUAGGGCUGAAAAUAAAUCUGCUGUAGAUGCUAUGCUGUGCAAGGAUGGAGUACUGGAUCCUAAAAAGGUAAAGGGUAAAAUUCUGGUCUGUCUGAGGGGAAAUGCAAGGGUUGAUAAGGGACAACAAGCAGCUCUUGCUGGUGCAGCUGGGAUGAUUCUUUGCAAUGAUAAGGUCGAUGGUAAUGAAAUCAUUGCCGAUCCUCACGUGCUACCGGCAUCACAUAUUAACUAUAAAGAUGGUCAUGCUGUCUUUGCCUACAUCACUUCCACUAAUGACCCAGUGGGAUAUAUAACGGCCCCAACAGCAGCACUUAACAUAAAGCCUGCACCAUUCAUGGCAGCAUUCUCGUCUAAAGGGCCUAAUACUAUUACACCAGAGAUUCUCAAGCCUGAUGUCACUGCUCCUGGAGUGGAUAUCAUAGCUGGCUUCACUCAAGCAACAAGCCCGACAGAGCUACCCUUUGAUCAUCGUAGAGUUCCUUUCAACAUUAUGUCUGGCACAUCCAUGUCUUGCCCCCAUGUUUCUGGAGUUGCUGGUCUUCUUAAGACUCUCCAUCCUUCCUGGAGCCCAGCUGCAAUUAGAUCUGCGAUCAUGACAACCGCAAGAACAAGGGAUAACACUGUGAAGCCAAUGCUCAAUGCAAGCUAUGUGAAGGCAACGCCAUUCGAGCAAGGCGCCGGCCACAUCCGACCAAACCGUGCCAUGGACCCCGGCUUGGUCUAUGACUUAACCAACGACGAUUAUUUGAACUUCCUCUGCAGCCUCGGCUAUAACCAGACCACUGUUGAACUAUUUUCCGAUGUUACUUAUGAAUGUCCCAAGUCAGCCAGCCUUCUGGAUUUCAACUAUCCCUCCAUAGCUGUCCCAAAGCUCUCUGGAAAGGUGACUGUGACUCGGAAACUGAAGAAUGUUGGCUCGCCAGGUAUCUAUGCAGCUCGUGUCCUAAACCCAAUUGGAGUUUCAGUCCAUGUGGAGCCCCACAUAUUGAAGUUUGAGAAUGUUGGAGAGGAGAAGAGCUUUACGUUGACCCUGGAAGCCGAGGAAUCUGGUCUUGCUCGAGACUAUGUUUUUGGAGAACUAAUUUGGUCGGAUGGCAGGCACUACGUGAGGAGUCCAAUAGUAGUUUCUACCGCUAAGAAGAUGAUCAGUUAG